AUGGUAAAAAACUGUCAAUUAGAAUCUGUACUGAACUAUGGUUCGGAAGGAACAGUCUACUCUGGAAUAUGGCGUCGUACUCGUGCAGCCAUUAAAGUCCUCAACAAUCAAUAUGCCCGCCGUGCAGAGAACGAAGUGAAACUAAUAAAGAUUUUAGAUCAUAGCAAUAUUAUUAAAUAUUAUGAUCUGGAAUAUGAACAAGGAACGGCUUAUUUGGUUAUGGAGUUUAUUACAGGUGGUAAUCUCUAUGAAUUCAUUCAAACAAAAUUUACAUCGACUUCUUAUUGGUCAACUAUCGAGCAAAUCUUGCAUGAUAUCGCUCGAGGAAUGAUAUAUCUUCAUGAUCAUCGUAUUGUUCAAGGUGAUUUGAAAAGUCACAAUAUUCUCUUGAGAGAAGGUACACAUCAAGCAAUUAUCUGUGAUUUUGGUAUUGCCCGAUGUUUAGACAAUGAUAAUCAAGAAAAGAAACGUACCAAUACGACUAAAGGAACCAUUCGAUGGAUGGCACCUGAACUUUGUAGUCCACCACCAGAGCCAUCAUCGUUUUCGUCGGAUGUCUGGAGUUAUGGUUGUAUCAUUUUGGAAACUACAAGUGCUCGUGAACCUUGGAUUGAUCAGUUCAAUGAUGAUAGUCUUCUCUUUCGAGCUCUUCAGCGUAAAGAGAAUGCAUCUAUCUUCGCUCAUCUCUGUGCCACUCAAUCGGGGCCAUCACACUUACGUCAAUUACUCAUACAAUGC